AUGAAAUGUCCGGGUGACUAUGAUCGGUUUGUUUGUGCUAAAAUACCUCCUAAAACUAAUGUAAAUCUAAGAAGAAUUGAGUUAGCGCAUAUGAUGCAUGGCCCUUGUGGUUUAUUGAAUCCAGAAUGUCCAUGUAUGCGAACAAAUGGCCUAAAACAAAGUUGCAAAAAUAAGUAUCCAAAAUUUUUUUGCAAUGAGACUACUAAUAGUAAAGAUGGUUAUCCUAUAUAUCGUAGGAGAGAAACUGGGGAAAAGGUACCUAUAAGGAAUGCAGAGCUAGAUAAUCAGUGGGUUAUUCCUUAUAAUCCAUAUCUUUCUUUGCUAUUUGAUUGUCAUUUGAAUGUUGAAGUAUGUUCGACAAUUAAAGCAGUAAAGUACCUAUAUAAGUAUGUGUAUAAGGUUCAUGAUAGAAUUUCAUACAAUGUAGUGUCUUCUAAUAGUGAGGUUGUAGAUGAAAUCAAACAAUACCAAUCAGGGAGAUGGGUAUCCCCUUGCGAAGCUGCAUGGAGAAUAUUCAGUUAUGAUCUGUUUAAAAUGUAUCCUCCGGUUCUACCUUUACAAGUUCAUUUACCUAAUAUGCAAACUAUUCACGUUCGCCCUCAUGAAAGGCUACGUUCUAUUGUUUCGAAUUCUAAACGGUCAAGGACUCAGUUGACUGAGUUUUUUUCAAUGAAUGCUGCUUCUGAAGAGGGUGAACGUUUUUUCCUUAGGCUUUUAUUUCUAAAUGUGAGAAGUCCUACGUCAUUUGAAGAUUUGCGCACUGUCAAUGGCUGUGUUUAUCCAACUUUUCAGGAAGCUGCUCUAAAGCUUGGACUUAUAGAAGAUGAUGAUGCAGCUGGUUUAACAUUGUUUGAAGCUUGUGAGACUCACAUGCCCGCUGCCUUACGUUGUUUAUUUGAAACAGUUCUUAUGUUUUGUCAACCAAGUGAUCCUUGUGCUCUAUGGGUUAAAUAUUAUCCUUUUCUUGCUGAAGACUUUUCUCACAGAUUUCCAGAUCGCUUGGACAAAGUACAGCAGCUUACUGUCAGAGAAGUUGAGCAACACCUUGAAUCAAUGGGGAAAUCUCUUGCUUUCUUUGGGUUAGAACAUUUAAAUUCCCAAGUUGAUGAUGAUUUUAGGCGUACAAAAGACAUUCUAGAUUCCCUUGAUGCACCAAUCCCAGAUGAAUGCUUAAGUUGUCGUUCUAAGUUGAAUUCUGCACAGAAUGCUGCUUUUGUGCAUAGUGAGGCUUCUUUAGCGUGUGAUGUUCCGAAACAAGGUAGUUUAGCGGCACUGUUAAGGGAAACUACAUUGAUAAUAUGGGAUGAGGCUUCAAUGGCUAAAAAGAAAAAUCUUGAAUCUUUAGAUCUUUUGCUACAAGAUAUAUGUGGGAAUAAGAUAACAUUUGGAGGCAAGGUUAUUGUUUUUGGAGGGGAUUUCAGGCUGACAAAAAACAUUAAAGCAAGAGAAGAUCCUGUAUAUUCUGGUUUUCUACUUGAUUUGGGCAACGGCAAAUUACAAGAAACAGAAAAUGCCUUUAUUGAGUUACUAGAAAAGAUUGUUCACUGCACCAACAACUUAACAGAUUUAGUAUCUACUCUUACAGAACCAACAUUUCCAGAAAUUGUAGAAGGUCAAUUUUAUAGUCAGGUUUUCACCAAAAAAGCAAUUUUGACACCCAUGAAUGAAGACGUGGAUUAUAUUAACACAUUUAUGAUUGAUAAGUUCCCUGGACAGGCUAUUACAUACAAGAUUUUUGAUGCCAUACUGAAUGAUACAUGUAGUAUAUAUCCUACAGAAUUUAUCAACAAACUAUGCCCCGGUGGAAUGAGUCCUCACGAGCUUAUCUUGAAGGAAAAUUGUCCUGUUAUACUGUUAAGAAAUUUGCUUCCUUCUUCAGGUUUAUGCAAUGGCACAAGGCUGAUUUGCAAGAAAUUUUUUCCAAAUGUCAUUCAGGGUAUUAUAGCAGUUCGCCAUUAUAAAGGAGAAGAGGUAUUCAUACAUAGAGUCAACCUAAGGCCUUCUAACUCUGUCAACUAUCCAUUUCAGUUUGAAAGGAAACAAUUCCCUAUCAAGUUGAGCUUUGCAAUGACAAUCAACAAGUCUCAAGGGCAAACUCUUAGCCAAGUAUCCAUUUAUCUUCCACGACCAUGCUUUUCACAUGGACAACUUUACCUUGCAUUAUCACGAGCUAAGAAAGCAAAAGAUCUAGCAGGUGCAUCCUAUUUUAUGCAGGCAGCACAACCUUCAGGUGAGGCAUCUGCUUUACAAGUGAACAAUGUAGAACGGCCACCAUAUAGAUGUGCAUGUGCCUCUGAUCAUAUCAGCCACGAUUUGCUGCGCACUCUUUAUGAACAAGAUAUGAGGAAAUCACUGACACUGAUACUUAUGACUUUCCAAGGGUGCCACAAUAAUACAGGUGUUUUAAUAACUGGUAUUGAAAUUAUCUGGAUCAAAGGUGUUGGCUAUAUUUCUUGGGUCAUGUGCACCAAUAGACGCAGAAACAGUCCACAGAUAGCUAAUUCAAUUCCUUUGGUGUUACCUACCUCAGAACAGUCAGCUACUGCGGUGUCAGAAUUAGAAGUGGUUUCACAGUGGCCCAAAUUCGCUUAG